AAUAAUUGAAGAGUUUUUUUGGCUCAGAUUUCUAGAAGUUGAAGUAAAUGAAACAAAAAACUUUCAGGGAUCCAAAAGCUUUAAGAAGCUUUGUAAGAUGGAGAAAAUGGGACAAUCCAUUUUCACCGUGACAAAACGUCUUCGAAAGGAGGAUGAAAAUCUUGAUUUUGGAUUUGAAUCAGGAAUUGUAUGGACGAAACCAUGCUUCAUCAAUACGAUUGAAAAAAAUUCUCCUGCUGAUCAAAGUCAUUUGGAAGUCGGAGAUUUUAUAAUAUUUAUAGAUAAAAUGAAUAUUGUUGAUAUGAAAAUAUCCGAUAUUAUGAGUUUGAUUAACAAAAGUGACGUUCUAACAAUCGAAGUGUUUCGAAGAUCAAAGGCCAAAACGUCAGUAAUUCCAAUGUCCAUUAUACAAAAAGCAACAAGUAAAAAUCAAAAUGAAGAAACGAUUUUAGAAAACAAAACGAUUGAUGAAUUUAAGCGAAACAGACUUGAAUCUAAAAGCUCUACAGAUUCUAAGAAGAAACAUUUAACAUUCAGUAAAGAUGAGUCUUCUGCCUCGGAGUCCAUCGAUUCACAAAAGAACUACAAGAUUUUAAAUAACUUUUUACAGUGUGAACGCCAAUUUGUGAACUCAUUGAUCUUCGGUGCAAAUCGUUACAUUUCACCAUUAACUUUCCGUAAAGAUUUGAUUAGCACCAAAGAACAUGAACUUGUUUUCAAAAACAUCGAGUACAUAAAAAAUCUGAUGGAAAUGAUUUCUAAUAGAAAGGAUAGAAACAGCAUUGAAGAUGUUAUUCAAUCCUAUGUGAAACAUAGCGAUGAAUUAAUUCAAGCAUACGAAAGUUACUUCACAACUGUCAAAAGUGCUGACUGUAUAAUAGUCGACAAAACGCAUCAAUCAGAAUUCAUAAAGUUUAUUGUAAAUCCAUCCAUUCCAAGCAAUCAGCCAGUGUUUCAUAGUUUUAUUCAUUUACCUGCUGAAUAUUAUAAUGAUCUGCAAAAGAACUUUCAAUUAAUCUUAAGUCAACUGGGAAUGGAUGGCAAGGAAUAUCAUGAAUUGAAUUUGUUCAUCAAUAACUUAAAGAAAGUGUAUAGUGAAGCUAUGCACAUAGUUUCUGAAACUAAAACAGGAGUUAAGCCAAUCUUACGUAAUUUAGAGUCACGACUUGUAUUUACUGCUAAAUGUAAGCCAUUCAAAUUAGACAUAUCAGGAAGACAUUGGAUUUUUGGUGGAGAUUUGAUAAGAAUUGAGGGAAAUAGCUUAGAAAAGCCAGUUUACACUUUACUGUUCAGUGACAUUUUAGUAUUCUCCACAAUAAAUCGUGAUCGGGUACUUUUUAUUUCUGAAGAGCCCAUCAGUCUCAAAUCUAUUGUGGAAAGUUUCUUCAAUAUACGAAAGAAAGAAAAAGAUUUUCGCCUAACAAUUGAUACAAAUCCGAAUUACAACGAUCACUCACCAACGACACAUUGUACACCUGAUUUAAUAAGACGAUCACCAUUGAGACAGUUCAAACGACGAAACAUUCACUUAAGAGCACAUUCAGAAGAAGUUAAAAAGGUUUGGCAAAACCUCAUCACACAGCAGAUUUUUAAUGUAAACUCAGUUUCACAUUCCAACUCAAGUAAUCAUAUUGAAUCAUUGAAAACUAUUCUGCUUAGAAAACCAUCCAAUCAGACUGAUAAUUUUACUGACACCAGUACAAAUAAGAGUGAGACUGAAGAUAUUAAUGGGUCGAGGAGUAGCAAUCAAUUAAAUCUCAAGUCUCAAAACGCUUUUGACUUGGACGAUCCUUUGGAUCAAUUUCUCAAUGAUGGUUCAAGUCAUUUGGAGACACCAGAAACUCCAUCUUGUGCUAAUGUUUCAUCACUCUGUGAUAAUAUGCAAAAAAGUAUUUCAAUUACAACAUUUUCAUCGAACAGAAAUACUGCUUCUGACUGUUGCGACUCUGAAUAUGGAGAUAUUUUUAACGGCUUUGAUAGUCGUGAUAUUUCAUUUUCUAAUGAUGUUAAGGAAUGUAUGUUUAUGCAAAACGAUCCUUUUUUUGCUGACGAGUCAUAA